AUGGGAACUUCCUUAAUCAGGAUGUGGAUGAUGGCUGGCAGCUUGUGGAAAACAUUGCAAACUCCAAUGGAAGCUAUGGAGAAGAGUAUGAUCGCACCAACCGGAGCUCGACCCACCACUCGAUCGAGUCAUGAGAAAUUGAGAAAAGAUGUCAAAUCGUUGAAUGAGAAGUUGGAUAAGCUGAUCUUAGCUCAGUCCACAAUGAAGAAAGUCAAUUUUGUGUCUGCUGAAGAGAUGGAACCAGUCCAAGAAGGGGAGGAUACACAAUUUGCUGAAGUAUGUUACAUGAGCAAUGGGCAAGGAGGUUACAACAAAGGAUACUAUAAUUACAAGUCCAACCCAGCCAUGUCAUACAGAAACACUGAUGUUGCUAACCCUCAGGACCAGGUUAUCCUCAACAACAGCAAGCUCGAUCGAGCUGAGAGUCAACAGUCAAACCCGAAAAAUGUUGCUUCCCCCUUGACUUCCCUUUGA